CAAUUGUCGAAUGACCGAGAGUACACUGCGUCGAGUAAACAGGCCGUGGAUGGUAAACAACGGUCAUACAUUUUCGUCGCACCGAUUAUAUAAAAGGCGCUUUACCUCUAAGCACUGCAUUUCUGUUGUGAAUCCCGAUGCGAUACAAACAAGCGCGCGUUUGAAUCUGGAUAACAAUUUACAAGGAAGAUGUAAUUUGUUUACUAGAGCGAGAGUCACAGUGAACUAAACUGAACAACACUUGAGACCGUUUAAUAGCAGCAGGCGACGUCGCGGCAGUUUUGUUCAGCACUGUAACGAAGCUUGUUAGCGUACUUUUAUAAGAAAAUUGUCUGCAACGGGUAGGAGGACACCUUGAGCGGGGGCUCGGAAAUGGAACUAAUGAGUCCUCUUUUGUUAUGUGCGCUUGCAGCGCUGUUGCCACAAGCCUUAGGUGUUAAAUCUACUUUUAUAUCUGAGAUCAAACGAGAGUCACCUAAAUUUAUUGAAUCGCCUUUGUUCCACAAAACGAUUUGGUUAAAGCGAAAAACGCCAUCGGGGGUGUCAUUGGAUAUGGUAUUGGAUUACUUACACGAAACUGACAAAUGUUCCUUGUGCUUAGAUUGCAUAAACAAAGCACUGUUUUUCUUUAGCAGUAAAAAAUCAGCCGCAUCGGUACCAGCAACCCAUAUGCAAAGUAGAGACUUUAUAUUAAAUGAUAUUAUUGAGAACUAUCAUCAUUACAAAGAAGUAAGAAACAAAAGAGAUACAGAAGUACCGACAAAAACAAAAAAAAGUAACGUGAGCAAGAGCAAAAAUGUCACAGUCACUAAGUAUAACAUCGAUGGCCAAAUAUACGCCAUUAAAUUGAGAGAAAGAAACUCAACACAGACAGAAAAUCAACAUGAAGAUAGGUCAUGCCAAGUAUUCAGCGUAAGGAGGUAUUACCCCUGUGAUUCGCCAAAAGCAGAAUUAAUCUUUACAAACGCGAGGAGAAAAGUAAACAAAGCAAACAGGCGAAGCAAGAAACAAACUAAAAGUAUAUUGACCACAGACAAGCCUCAGCCUCAAUCGCUUGCCUUUAGAGAUAAACUUUUAGCUGAACCGUUCAUGACCUCUAUCGAAGAACUUUACAAUUGA